AUGUUUCGAGCUAAUAAUUUUGACAAAUUAUUAGAUAAAGCGACAAGUAAUCUACGUCUGGAUCCUGAUUGGCCCUCGAUCCUACAAAUUUGUGAUUUAAUUAGACAAAAUGAUUGUUCACCCAAGUAUGCCGUUGCUGCUGUGAAAAAAAAACUUUACUCACAAAAUCCCCAUCAGGCUAUGUUUGCUCUCCUUACUUUAGAAAGUAUUGUUAAAAAUUGUGGUUCUGGGGUUCAUGAUGAAGUUGCAUCUAAGGUGUUUUGUGAAAUGCUCCGUGAUUUAGUAAAAUCAACACAACAUGAGAACUUAAAAAGCAAAAUAUUAGAAUUAAUACAAGCUUGGGGUUUCGCUUUUCGUAAUAAUCCCAAAUACAGAGCAGUUCAGGACACUGUGAACAUUCUGAAAGCUGAAGGACACAAAUUCCCCCCAUUAAAGGAAUCGGACGCAAUGUUUUCUGCUGAUACAGCUCCUGAGUGGGCUGAUGGAGAAGUUUGUCACAGGUGCCGUACGGCAUUUACUCUGAUGGUGCGUCGGCACCAUUGCCGGGCCUGUGGUCAAGUAUUCUGUCAACAGUGCAGCUCUAAGACAUCUACUCUACCUAAGUUUGGUAUAGAGAAAGAGGUCAGAGUGUGUGAUGCUUGCUUUGAUAAAGUAAGUCGCCCACCUUCUUCAACUGCCAAGCUGGAAAUUGUUGACACAGCUAAUGACUAUGGCCCUCCUCAAGCGCAGGUAGGUCAAGUUUUA